AUGACCUCGACAGUAAUUAAACAGAGUGCAGUUGCCAAAAUCCAAACCCAAGUGGAAAGAGAAAGCACGUUUCUAGUCAAGUCCAAGACACCGUUCAUCUCAGCUAUCAAGCGCAUUGAUAUUAUACUUGAUAAGUUUGACAGAGAUUCCAUCGACCAUAAAAAAUUCCGAAGAGGCAACUACAAAAAGAUAAAAUAUAUUCGAGUUAAGGGCAUGGGCAAAGCCAUAGAAAAAGUUGCCUCUCUUGCUGCCCAUUAUACGACAAAAAAGGCUUACAAAGUGGACGUUUAUACUGGGACGGUGGAUGUUGUAGACGAGGUUCAACACAAGACCAACCAUUCAUUAAAGGAUGAUGAUAGUGAUACGGAAUCAGAGUAUCGCGAGAGAAAAGUAAGCUACAUGGAAAUUAAAAUCUGGUUGAAGAGAGAUUCAUAA